UAAUUUUUCAUUACAUUAACUCUAACCGCCUUCGCUCCGGUCGUGUUCCGCUGUCUUCACGACGGAGAGCGCAAAAAAAAAACCCUAAUUUAAAGUUCGAGACUUUCCGAUUCCCAAUCAAUCAUGCCCUGCAAGAGAUGCAACGGCACCGACUUCCAACGCGACGGCGCCACAGGGAACUCGUUCUGCUGCGGAUGCGGAACGUUACAAGAGUACGACAACUACGAGGCCCAGCUCGGCGGCAUUAGCGGACCCCAAGGCACCUACAUCCGCGUGGGCACCACCGGCACAGGCUCCACCCUCGCUUACAAAGACAAGAAGAUCUUCGACGCCGGUAACUUAAUCGACGACAUCACAGAAAGGUUGCAGCUUGGCGAGAAAUCCGAAGAGGUUAAGCGCAUGAUCGGGAAGAUCACAGACGGAGAGUUCGGGAAGGGGGAGUGGUUCUCGGUUCUGAUCGGCGCGUGUUGCUACGCGCUUGUGAGGAAGGAAGGGAGUGGAGUUUUGACGAUGGAUGAGAUUGUGAAUGUCGUUGGGUGCGAUUUGCAUCAGCUUGGGAGUAUGUGUAAGCGUGUGGUUGAGUAUUUAGGGAUUGAGAUGGGAGAGUUUGAUCUUGUUGGGUUGUUUGUGAAGACGGCGAGUAGUUCCCCGAGGCUGAGUGGUGUUGAUGGGAAGAAGAAGGAGAGGGUUGUGAAGCAAGGGGGGUUUCUGAUGAACUGUUCUUUGAAGUGGUUUUUGUCUACUGGGAGGAGACCGAUGCCUUUGGUUGUUGCUGUUUUGGCGUUUGUUUGUCAGGUGAAUGGUGUGAAGUGUAGGAUUGAUGAUUUGGCUAGAGAUUGUGAGGUUUCGUUGUGUACUUGUAAGUUGCGGUAUAAGGAGAUGCUGGAGAGGCUUGUGAAGGUAGCGAAGGAGAUUGGUUUGCCUUGGGCGGGAGAUGUUAACGUGAAGAAUGUGGUGAAGCAUUCAGGGGCUUUGAUUGGUUUGAUGGAAGCCAAGUCCAUGAGGAAGAAGAGGGGAGAUGAGUUGGUUAUAAGUAGUGAUGGGGUUUGUUUGAAGGAGAUAGUAAAGGAUUGCUUAAGGCAAGAAGCUAUGUAUUGUUAUGAUGAUGAUGAUGAAGGUGAGAGGAGCUCGUUUCUUCAGAUGGUUUCGUGUGAAGAUUGGUGGAAAGGGAAGUCGAAGAUGAGUCAGAGGCUUAAGCUCAAGGAAGUGUUGGAGAGAGAUGUGGGGCUUGAUGAUUUGCCUGUUUCUUUUAUAAAGGGGUGUGAUGCGGUGGAGAGACGGAGAGAGAAGAUUAAGGCGGCUAAGUUGAGGAUUGGUGCGGUGCAAGAUCCUUGUGAUGAUGAUGAUAAAGUUAGUGGAAGAGAGCUGUCUUUGGAGAUUGGAGAUGGAAAGAAGAAAAGGAAGAGAGGGUAUGAGAUUGAUUGGGAGGAUUUGGUUAUACAGACUUUGGUUUUACACAAUGUGAAGGAUGAAGAGAUAGAGAAAGGGCAUUACAAUGCUUUGCUUGGUUUGCAUGUUUUCAACUAAGUUGAAAUGAAACUGUAAAAGCUCAAGCUGUUUAUUUUUUUUUCUUAUUAUAAUUAAAGAGAUAGGACAUUGUUCUGAA